AUGCGUACGAUACGUGAUAACUUCCGAAAUAGCCGAAGUCGUCUGGCCACAUGGUAUCCUCCAACGGCAGGCCGAACGCAAACUCAAAUCGACUGCUAUCAGCUUUGGGAACCUGGCAGUAUCUCAGCUCUCAUGCUUCCUUCGGGUGGCAUCGGAGCCAGGCUCCGAAAGAAUUCUCCAGCUGAACCAUUAUUUGUUAUCACUCCCUUUGUAGACCAAUCCAUCGGGAGGGACGACCCCACUCGUUUUGCACCAGCGUUGACCACAACAUCUACGGGGCACACGCAGGAUUACAAGCUGCACUUGCUCACAGUGGAAUCGCCUGAUAAUGUGUGCUGCACACCAGAAAAAAGAACUCAACAUCCAAGCAAUGAGCUAACUGCCCCAUCACUCCUCACUCGCCUUUGGCUGCGCACCGCUGGCAAUCAAGAGGCUGCUUCGGCGGAAUGUGCAGGGGUAGGUUUAGUCCCAAGUUGUCAGGCAGAAAAACCCUUGAUUGACUGCAUGUACAUUGGCAGUCCUUUAUGUGGUUCGCCUGAGGACACCCGUGAAGGAAUCUCACAAGCGAUAAGCUGA